GUGACUGCUGCCCCUGUUGUUUUGAGGGGAAAAUGUGAGCCCCUUGUCUGACCCAACAUGGAAUUGGCCACUGCGGGCACGUCUGCACCACAGAAAUGCAGAGGAACGGGGGAGGUUGGCGGAGGACGCGCGCUGUCGGUCCGGCUGCAGUGGUUCCAGGUUCCCCAGCGGGACAGUGGAGGGCAGCUCGCCCGAUUUGGUAGGUGAAACGUAGCUUCAACGGAGCCGGGGACCGAGAGAAUCGUGGUAUAAUCACGGUCACUGGCGCAUUGUCCUUUUUCUUCUCUUUUUCCUCUUCUUCUUCUUCUUUCCCAUCCACUCUUUGACUUGGGUUAGGUCAUAGUCUUUUCCCAUUUCAACCCAAACCAUCGUAAACACAGUCAAGAUGUUCAGCUUCCGGCGACUCCUCCUCGCCGCUGCGCUGUUCCUCGGCGCGAUGCUGCUCUUUGCGCAGUCCGCCGAGGCAGCCAAGGGCCCCAAGAUCACCCACAAGGUCUACUUCGACAUCGAGCAGGGCGACAAGCCCCUCGGCCGCAUUGUCAUCGGUCUCUAUGGCAAGACCGUCCCCAAGACCGCUGAGAACUUCCGCGCUCUCGCCACUGGCGAGAAGGGCUUCGGUUAUGAGGGCUCUACCUUCCACCGUGUCAUCAAGCAGUUCAUGAUCCAGGGUGGUGACUUCACCAAGGGCGAUGGCACCGGUGGCAAGUCCAUCUAUGGUGAGAAGUUUGCCGAUGAGAACUUCAAGCUUAAGCACUCCAAGAAGGGCCUCCUCUCGAUGGCCAACGCUGGCAAGGACACCAACGGCUCCCAGUUCUUCAUUACCACUGUCAUCACCUCUUGGCUCGAUGGCAAGCACGUCGUUUUCGGCGAGGUCCUCGAGGGCUACGAUGUCGUCGAGAAGAUCGAGAACACCAAGACCGGCGCUCGUGAUGCUCCUGCUGAGCCUGUCAAGAUCGCCAAGAGCGGCGAGCUCGAGGUUCCCCCUGAAGGCCUGGAAGGCCAAUCCGAAUGGGCAUCUCCCGCGUACGCAGACGAAGACGAGAAGCUUGCUGCUCCUGUCCCUGUCUCCGAUUCCAAGCCUCCUGCUCACGACAGCAUCCCCGCCGCCACUGCCGACGACGAUGAUACUGGUGCCCCUUUGUUCGCCAAGGUCCUCUUCUUUGGCGUGUUGGUUCUAGGUCUUGUUCUGUACAUUCGCCUUCGUCGCGCCCCUAAGGGUACGUACGGAAAGGGCAUGGAGUAGACAAUACCUCGAAUGUUUGAGAUCUGACAAGGCUGCACAACAGGUAGCUACUGGGGUCUGAGCGGGGGUAACUAGCCCAGACGACUAGGGUAAAUUUACUCUAAGAUUAAAUCAUGUGCGUAUUUGGAUCUUGAUCUCAGGGAUUAUCUUUUCCAUAUAACAGGAGCAGUGAUGGUUGUGGUGAUGGUUGCUCUGGCGAUGUGGUGGUGUGUCUGUAAGUCGAAGCAUAAAGUAGCAUCACGUGGACCCAUUUUUAUCCGUUCGAGUCGCUGGGAUAUCGAACUUUUUUUGUAGUACAGUACCGACUUGUAAACCACCACC